AAUCAAGUGAUAUAUGCAUGCUUAAUUUAAACAUAACCACCGUAGCAUCACCUCCUCUGAAGUCUGAUCUGAUCAAUUGGUCUCUGAUCUAUAACUUGGUACUAAAAUAUAAGCUAAGAUAUGUGGGUGAGGAAGGGCGGCGGAGCGGCAGUUGCAACCUUAACCGCCGCCGCCGUGUUUGUUGUGGUUACCAGCAGCUGCAGGUUAAGUGUAGCUCAGAACAUUAGUAGAGGAAGCUUUCCAAAUGGUUUUGUGUUUGGGACUGCCACUUCUGCAUAUCAGUGUGAAGGAGCUGUGCAGGAAGAUGGAAGAGGCCAAACAAUUUGGGACACUUAUGCACAUAAUUCUGGUAAAGUGAUUGAUAAUAGCACGGCUGAUGUAGCUGUGGAUCAUUAUCACCGUUAUCCAGAAGAUAUAGAAUUGAUGAAGGCUAUGGGGAUGGAUGCCUACAGAUUCUCCAUUGCUUGGUCAAGAAUAUUACCAAAUGGAACUGGGGACAUCAACCAGGUUGGAAUUGAUCAUUACAAUAAAGUCAUCAACAUGUUAUUAUCCUAUGGAAUUGAACCAUAUGUGACCCUCUACCAUUGGGACCUUCCUCAAGCUCUUGAGAACAAAUACAAUGGAUGGCUGGAUCGACAGAUCAUAAACGAUUUUGCCACCUAUGCGGAGACGUGUUUCCAAGAAUUUGGCGACAGAGUAAAGCAAUGGAUAACUAUCAACGAGCCCCACACCAUCGCCGUCCAAGGCUACGCUUCCGGAUUCCUGGCUCCGGGGAGAUGCACCGGCGGCUGCCCCGCCGGAAACUCUUCCACUGAACCCUACAUCGUCGCCCACAACCUGCUCCUAGCUCAUGCCGCUGCGGUCAACAUUUACAAAAACAAGUACAAGGCUAAGCAAGGAGGUACCAUUGGAAUAUCUUUAGAUACUUUUUGGUAUGAACCUUUGUCUAACUCUACAGCUGACCUUGAAGCAAGACAACGAGCACUAGACUUCAACUUGGGAUGGUUUCUUGAACCUGUGACAAGAGGGAAUUAUCCGGGGUCAAUGAGAAGUAGAGUUGGAGAGCGAUUGCCAAGAUUUUCCAGGGUGGAGUAUAAUCUUCUCAGAGGUUCCUACGAUUUCAUCGGCAUAAAUCACUAUACAACUUGGUAUACAAGCAAUGGCACUUCUAAUUCUGCCUUCGUUGAUAGCCCAGAUUCUGGCACUGUUUCUCAACCAAUAAAUGGUACCACGCCAAUAGGAGACAAGGCUAAUUCAAUAUGGUUGUACAUAGUACCGGGAGGGAUGAAAAACUUGAUGAAUUAUAUCAAGCAGAAGUAUGAAAGUCCCCUUGUCAUAAUUACCGAAAAUGGAAUGGAUGAUGCCAAAGAAGAUGGUCCAAGAGAUGCAAAGAGAAUCAGAUAUCUUAAUGACUAUCUAACAAACUUGUUGGCUGCAAUCAAAGAUGGGUGCAAUGUGAAAGGGUAUUUUGUUUGGUCGCUUUUGGAUAACUGGGAAUGGACAGCUGGAUACACUUCAAGGUUUGGUGUAUACUAUGUGUACUAUGAUCACAACCUUAACAGAAUUCCCAAGAAUUCUGUCAAAUGGUUCAGGGACUUCUUGGCAUCUACUUAAUUUAUUACUACUUCAAUUCAGAUCAUCAAAAUGGGAAAUGUGCUCUAAAGAAUAAUGUGACUCAUGUAAAUUUGUAUUUUUAUAAUUUGAAACAUUUCAAUAUAUAUUUAAGUUCUUUUAAAAA